AUUUUAGGAUUUGAAGUGCGGGAAAUACUGUAUACAUGGCAAAGAACAUCACAUUUCUUCAGACAGUUUUAAUGUUGUUACUACACGAUUACAUAUCAGCUGAAGAUGGUGAUAUAAGAUCAAGUUGCCGAACUGCCCCAGCAGACUUAGUUUUUAUCUUGGAUGGCUCCUACAGUGUUGGCCCAGAAAACUUUGAAAUCAUCAAAAGAUGGCUUGUCAAUAUUACCAGUAACUUUGACAUAGGACCAAAGUUUAUUCAGGUUGGAGUAGUCCAGUACAGUGAUUAUCCUGUACUUGAAAUUCCACUUGGGUCUCAUGAUUCCAAUGAAAAUCUAGUCAGAGGAAUGGAAUACAUACAGUACCUGGGUGGAAAUACAAGAACAGGGAAGGCAAUUCAGUUUGCGAUUGACCACCUAUUUGCUAAAUCCCCAAGAUUCCUUACAAAAAUUGCAAUUGUUCUCACUGAUGGUAAGUCACAAGAUGAAGUCAAAGAUAUAGCCGCUGAAGCAAGAAGAAACAAGAUCACUCUGUUUGCCAUUGGAGUUGGUUCAGAAACUGAAGAGGAUGAAUUGAGAGCAAUUGCCAACAAGCCCUCAUCCAGAUACGUGUUCUACGUUGAAGAUUAUAUUGCAAUAUCCAGAAUAAGAGAAAUAAUAAAGCAGAAACUCUGUGAAGAAUCUGUUUGUCCAACGAGAAUUCCUGUGGCAUCUCGGGAUGAAAAAGGAUUUGAUAUCCUUCUAGGCUUAGGUGUGAAGAAGAAGGUGAAAAAGAGAAUUCAGGUCUCAUCUACGAAUGCAAAAGCUUAUGAAGUAACUUCACGCAUUGAUUUGUCAGAAUUGACAAGGGAUGUCUUUCCAGAAGGCCUUCCUCCAUCGUAUGUGUUUGUAUCCACUCAGAGGUUUAAAGUUAAAAAAACAUGGGACUUAUGGAGGAUUCUAACCCUGGAUAGAAGAUCACAAAUGGCUGUUACUGUACACGGCGAAGACAGAACAUUAUCAUUUACUACAACAAGCCUAGUAAAUGAUACUCAGGUUGUUACUUUUACUGCACCCCGUGUAAAGACAUUGUUUGAUGAAGGCUGGCAUCAAAUCCGUCUCUUAGUAACAGAAGCAGAUGUGACGUUGUAUAUAGAUGAUCAAGAAACAGAAAUGAAGCCAUUGCAUCCUGUUUUAGGGAUCUAUAUUAGUGGACUAACCCAAAUAGGAAAAUAUUCUGGGAAAGAGGAGACUGUACAGUUUGAUAUCCAAAAGCUAAGGAUCUACUGUGACCCAGAACAAAACAACCGAGAAACAGCCUGCGAGAUACCUGGGAUUUGCCUGAAUGGACCUAGUGAUGUAGGAUCUACGCCACCUCCUUGUAUAUGUCCUCCAGGAAAACAAGGUCCACCAGGCUCCAAAGGAGAUCCUGGACAACCUGGGAAUCACGGCUAUCCCGGAGAAUCUGGUCCAGAUGGUAAGCCUGGCCACCAAGGAAUAGCAGGAACUCCAGGUAUUCCAGGAUCCCCAGGGAUUCAAGGGCCGCGUGGCUUAACAGGCAUGAAGGGUGAACCUGGGUCCGAUGGGAGAAAGGGUGAACGUGGCCUUCCAGGUUUCCCUGGAUUACAUGGAAUGCCGGCAUCUAAGGGUGACAGAGGACUAAAAGGAGACCAAGGAGUACCAGGAAUUUAUGGGAAAAAGGGUGCAAAAGGGGAAAAGGGUGUUGCAGGAUUUCCAGGAAUGCCUGGCCGACUUGGGGAUCCUGGGAGGAGUGGGAAGGACGGCACACCUGGAAAUCCAGGCUUUAAGGGAGAAGCUGGACAACCAGGUUCUGCAGGACCAGAAGGAAGGUGUGGAUGA